UUGUCUUGCCAUUCUGUCACCGUCGCGCGCUCUUCAGUGCAUAUUGUUUAUACAGCGAGUGAUUACGCGCAUAGUAGUUUAACGACCACUUUGGGAGUAAGACUCAGCAUCAAAAUUUAUUUACAGAUUAACUUUAUAAAGCACAGUGAAGGACGUCCGUCUGAAAGAGGAUCUCUUUUGUCAUCGGGACGCAUCACCCCAGACCUUCGAUCAAUGAAUUCCAAUACUACUUCUCCAGUAAGCAUGAUGAAGAUUGUGAAGAGGUGUGUGGUCCUGUUUAUCUUCAGCUGUGUGUGUGAACUGUCAUUGUCUUUGGACCCUCGAGAUCCUAAUGUCUGCAGCUUAUGGGAAAGUUUCACCACUUCAGUAAAGGAAUCAUAUGCUCGCCCAUACGACCAAGUGUAUGAAGAGACCUGCUCUGAACCUCGGAGCGCUAACAAAUGUACCCGCCACAGGAUCACUUAUAAAACAGUGUAUAGGCAGGUAGUGAAAAUGGACUAUCGUAGGAGGUAUCAGUGCUGCCGUGGGUUUUACGAGAGCAGAAAUAAAUGUGUCUCACGAUGCACUAAAGAGUGUGUCCAUGGCCGCUGUGUAGCACCUGAUCAUUGCCAGUGUGAGCGGGGUUGGCGUGGAGAUGACUGUUCCAGCUCAUGUGACGCCCAGCAUUGGGGUUCAGGCUGCAAGCUGCCCUGUGAGUGCCAGAACGGGGCAGAGUGUGAUGUUCUCACGGGCUCCUGCCUCUGUCCAGCUGGAUUCACUGGUGAACAAUGCCAGGAUGCCUGUCCCACAAAGACGUUUGGUCAGGACUGUCUACAGCAGUGCCAGUGUGGAACUGGAGGAUUCUGCAAUAAAUCCACUGGAGAGUGUGUGUGCAGAGAUGGAUUUACUGGAACUUUGUGUGAAGAGCCGUGUAGAAGACUAAACCGGUGUGCUCCACGCUGCCCAUGUCAGAAUGGUGGUAUCUGCAAGGGUAGAGGGGUGUGUGUGUGUCCACCUGGCUGGAUGGGUGCAGUGUGCACAGAGCGGUGCCCGCCGGGUCGGUUUGAUGUCAACUGUGCGAAGGAGUGUUUGUGCCAUAAUGGUGGUCACUGUGAUCCAGAGACUGGCCAAUGUCAGUGUGCCGCAGGCUACACAGGAGAAAGGUGUAAUGAGGAGUGUCCAGUGGGUACAUAUGGUGAGGACUGUAAGGGCGUGUGUGACUGUGCUAAUGGGGCCCGUUGCUAUAACAUCCACGGUGGAUGUCUAUGUGAGCAAGGCUUUAAGGGUCAACGCUGUGACCACAGAAUGUGUCCUGAUGGAGCCUAUGGCAUACACUGUGAACAACGCUGCCUCUGCAACUCACAAAACACUCUCAGCUGUCACCCCCUGAAGGGGGAGUGUACCUGUCAACCAGGGUGGGCGGGGCUGUACUGUAAUGAAACCUGUGCUCACGGAUACUAUGGUAAUGGUUGCCUGGAGCCCUGCCUUUGUGUGAAUGGAGGGGUAUGUGACACAGUGACAGGCCAGUGCCAUUGUACCCCUGGAUACACGGGAAUGCACUGUGAGAAGCUCUGUGAGGAUGGUUUCUAUGGGAAAGGCUGCUCGUCUCUUUGUACUUGUGUAAACUCUAUAGCCUGCUCUCCAAUCGAUGGAACAUGCUUCUGUAAGGAAGGAUGGAAAGGGCUGGACUGUUCCAUUGCAUGUUCGGAGGGCACGUGGGGCCCCGGCUGCAACUUCACAUGCCAGUGUGCAAAUGGAGCAUCCUGUCACCCGAUCGAUGGUUCUUGCAGGUGCACCGCAGGGUGGAGAGGGGCUUCCUGUGACGUGCCCUGUCCUAUCGGGACAUUUGGCCCAGAUUGUCAACACAAAUGUGACUGUCUGCAUGAUGAUGGAUGUCACAGUGUUACAGGACAGUGUAUGUGUUUACCAGGCUGGACAGGUCUGCGCUGUACACAGCAGUGUCCAGAAGGCACAUGGGGUCAUCAGUGCAACCAGACCUGCUCAUGCGACAACAGCGCCACCUGUCAGGCACACACCGGAACCUGCCUGUGCAAACCUGGAUUCUGGGGAGCUCAGUGUCAACACAUGUGCAGUGCCGGUCUGUAUGGCGAAAAAUGCAGCCGCCAGUGUCCUCCAUGUGUUCAUGCCUCUUCCUGCCAUCACAUUAAAGGCGACUGUCUGUGUCUGCCUGGCUAUACUGGACCACUCUGUGAACAUGCCUGCCCUGUCGGUCGGCAUGGAAACCAGUGUAGCAGUAUUUGUAAGUGUGGCAAUAAUGCAACAUGUCACCACCAGGAUGGCUCAUGUAUCUGUCCCCCUGGAUGGACUGGACAAGACUGCUCUCUGUUGUGUCAAACAGGGACAUUUGGCACUAACUGUGCCCAGACCUGCUCAUGUGGCCCAAACCAUUCCUGUGACCCUCACACCGGAAUCUGCGUGUGUGUACCUGGACUAGACGAGGACUGCAAACCAGAUAUUAAAACAGUUGUGUCUUUGUCAGAGCGAGAACAGAGUAUGAUGGUGCCUGUGUCUCCAGUGGAGAGGGACUCCUGGGGUGUGAUUGCAGGCAUUGUUGUGCUGGUAAUUCUGGUGGUGCUCUUGUUGGCUGCCCUGCUGUUGUAUCGGCGCAGACAGCAAGACAAGCAGAGCAACACGCCUGUUGUAUCCUUCUCUUCAACCCGCACUGCCACUUCAGAGUACGCCGUGCCAGAUGUACCGCACAGCUACCAUCACUAUUACUCAAACCCGAGUUACCACACGCUCUCUCAGAACAGACCUCCACUGCCACAUCUGCCCAACAACCAGGACCGGCCCAUCAAGAACACCAACAACCAGCUCUUCUGCAGUCUGAAGAACAUGGAGAGAGAGAGGAGUGGUCUGUUUGGGGCAGACACCAAUGCUACUCUUCCUCCAGGCUGGAAGCAUCAGGAGCCACCUAAAGAUCCAGGUGCUUUUGGGAUUGAUCGGAGUUACAGCUAUAGCACUACUCUUGGGGAGCACUACAACAAAGAGUUGAAGGAUUCCUGCGUGGCUGUUAGCAGCAGCUCUCUGAACAGCGAGAACCCAUAUGCCACCAUCAAAGAUCUACCUGGCCUGCCACCAUGUCCUCCAGAGUGCAGCUAUGUGGAGAUGAAGUCUGCGAUGCCUCAGGAGAGAUCCGACACUGAAAUCAGCCCACCUGUGAUGAAUCCCCCUACUCUGUCAUGCAGAGAAAACUGUUCCCUUGGCAAUGUUCUGGAACAGGAGCCUCAGAAUCACUAUGAUCUGCCAAUCAACAGCCACAUCCCUGGACAUUAUGACCUACCCCCUGUGCGGAGACCACCCUCUCCAUCGCCACGGAGACUGAUCCACUGAUCUCUAUAAACUCUACAUUUAAAGACUGUUUUUUUUUUUUCUAAAACAGGGCAGGUACUAGUGGUCUUUGACCUAAGACCUUUAACCCCUCCCCCUCCUCGACACGGGUCUGAAUUCACUGCCAAUACAGAGUCAGUUUGAUGCCUGCUUUAUGAACUGGAUUAUCAAAUGUUGCUCAUAACAGAUGGAUGAGGGUAUGAAUGGAUGGAUAAAAUUAGCUUAAACCAGUGACUGUCACCACAACUGCAUAACACUGCCAUCUAUUGGACAAUAUUAACUAUCAUUAAAUGCUCAUGGAGCAAAAAUUUCUCCUUUGAAGGCAUUUAAAUGUUACAUAUCUUAACAUUUUAAAUGUAAUUCAUGCUUUUACAUAAUCUGGUAAUCAGGGUUGUAAAUGACAAUAUAAUUGUUAACAGCUACAGAACAAGCUUCAGAUGAGUUUUUAAGAUAGAGCAUUGAAAGUUUUCUUUGAAUCUGAGUUGAAUGCAACCAUAAAAACUGUAAAUAAUGUAAAUAAAAAAUAAAGUUUUCAU